UCUCUAGGCCGGUAGGGCUUCUUCUCCAUGGUCCUGUCUGUCAGCGCUGUUUUGGGGGUCUAUCGGUGAGGCCGGGCCGCGCUCGGAGGCGUCAAUCUUCGAGUCCGUCGCCCGUCCCGGGGCGGCCCGGGGCCCAUGGCGCGGCAGCUCUGACGGAGGCCCGGGUGGCGGCCGUGCCCCGUGGGCCGGCAUGGCAGGCCAGUUCCGCAGCUACGUGUGGGACCCGUUGCUGAUCCUGUCGCAGAUCGUCCUCAUGCAGACCGUCUAUUAUGGCUCGUUGGGCCUGUGGCUGGCGCUGGUAGACGGGUUGGUGCGCAGCAGCCCUUCGCUGGACCAGAUGUUCGACGCCGAGAUCCUGGGCUUCUCCACCCCUCCAGGCCGGCUCUCCAUGAUGUCUUUCAUCCUCAACGCCCUCACCUGGAACUGCCCAUCGGUGAGUAGAGGCAGCAAAAAUACGCAGAGUAACUGAACAGUAGGAAAAAAAUCAACUGCUUCCAGACAACAAUCUACUUGCAGUACAUCCUACAAGAUUAAGUGAAUGUGCAGCACAUGGUAUGAAAAUGUCAUUCAUUGCAUUCUAAAAUUUUUUGUUGCAUGCCUUUAUAAUGCCCAGACAUAUUGGCAGCAUUGUUAUAGGACUGGCCUCUUCACUUAGAAAAAUCAAUUUUUCAAACUUCACGUAAAUGGUGAAGUAUUCAAUUCGCAAUUUCUUCACCAGUAUGACUUUUUCAGCUAGUAAAUGUGAUAAAUUGCUUGACAGGUUUUCCAUCUGUUGGAGAUAAGUAUCUUAAGACAAUACUUAGCUUAUCUGUAUGAGAAAGAUUAGGAGUAGAAUCUACAAAUUGAAAUAUUGAGCUAUACUUAUUUCACUGAAAAUAGUCAAUUGAACUUUAUCAGUUAUCAAGUUUAUUAAUUUUUCACAUGUUGUUUAGACAUGUACGAUGGGUAGCCCUUUCCAGUGCUACCAUAUUUUGAGAUGUGAUCUGCUAAAAAUGGAUCAAACCGAGUGUCAAGUUUGAGUAAACAAAAAAUUUCCAUUUCAUGGGGACCCAAACACUUCAUUUCUUCCUUGAAAAGAUGGUCCACAUUCAGCAUUUAUUACAAUGACAACCAUAAUGUAUUGCAAAAUUGCUUUCCAAUACUGACAUUCUUCAUUAAUUUGUGUUUCCAGUUCAUGAGUUAAGCCAAAACCAUGUCUUCGGUUUAAAUAUGACAACUUAUAAUCUAUGCAAAUUGAACUGUUUUCAUGUUUAUCAGUCAUAUCCAUUUUGCACCAAUCACUAAAUCCAUCUAUACCAAAUCAAAAAUUAAAUUAUUAGGAAUGAAUAGUUUGCAAACAAAACAAUUACAGAGCCAAAUAAUGGAAAAUACAGUAGCCAUUCCCUCUUGUAAUUUUCAUCAUUAGAUUUGCUCCCUAGCAAUAUAUUCUGGCUACGGAAAUAUCCAGAAAUUUUCAACAUGAAUUUUCAAAUGGUUCUCUGUGAUGUUAACAAUCACUUGGCCCUCUUUUGAUUCAAUAAUUUAUAUCAUUAGGAGAAAAAUUAUUCCAGAAACAGGAUCUGUAUUUCUCUUAUUUAUGGGGUCUAUAAAUGUAACAAUAUCAGAUUCUAAAAUAGUUUUAUUUUCUACACCAUUUUUUUUUUUUUUACUACAGCAAGGAAUGGAUGCAGAAUUUGGAACAAAUUCUGUUGUAUUUGUAUUGCUAUUAGAAAUUUCAGCACUAGCGGUACUAAUACAAUGAUUUGCACCCAUUAAGCCUGAGCAUUGAAUGGGAGAAGUCUCUUCUAAUUCAUUACUUUUUAAAAAGGAAGUUAAUUUUGGAAUUGUCUUCAGGGGUUCACAAAUCUUUGUCUUUUUAUCUUCUGUGAGCUUUUGAUUUUGUGCUCUACUUAGUUGUUGCAGUUUUAUUUUACCUGGCUAUAAAAUUAUGUCACUUUUUAAAGUUGGUUCUACCAUGGUAAAUAAAUUUGAAUAGUUGAAAAUAAAUAAAAUGUAUAAAAUAAGUAAAAUGUAUAAAAUAAAAUUUACAUUUGAAUUUGGAUGUUAACGUAAAAAUUUAUAUUUGAAAAUUAGUAACUAAAAAAUUGAUUUAGAACAUACAAUUUUGUUCUUCAGGUCUCACGUAGUCAAUAGUACUUACAAGGCAGUCAGAAAUAAUUUCAUUCGUUUGUCAAACAAUUUGUUGGUGGGCCCUUCGCAGAUCUCUGUGUUUUUCAUCUUGAAGUAAUAGUUAAAAACUUAUGCACUCACUUCCCGUCCUUUGAUGCUGCAUCUUCACAGUUCACUGGACUACUGCUGAUACCGGACAGGGACAAGAGUGAUCACAAAGAGCAUGAUACAAAUACAAGGGUAUGCUCAAUCUGAAGAUGCAUUUUUGUUCGCUUUGUGCAGGGCAGGACUGGAUAGAUCAUGAGUCAUGUGCUUAUAGUGCCGCUGGUGGGUUCUUAUGUGGUCGAUUAGAGAGAACUGAAUGUAAUGUUAGACCCAAUUGGACUGAAAUGAAAAGGAAAAUAUAAUUGUUAUCAUACACAAAAUUUAUAAAAUGUAUAUUUUAUUUCUUUGUGGAAUUGUUCAACUUCUGUAUUUGGAGAUACAUGCAAAAUUGAUGUUAACAAUAGUACCACUUCUUAAUAAACAAGUAUGUUUUGCAAGUCAUAAUAAUAUGAAUUUCUUAAAAGAAAGUCAGUCUGAAGGGAAAUGGAAAAUAAAAUACAUUCAUAAAAUAUUUAUUACCUAAAUAUUCAUUUAAUUUAUUUCCUUGAGGAAUUGCUCAGUUUGCUUACAUGGAGAUAUGUAAAUAUUCUGAUAAAAUAUAAAUGUAAUGUUCUGAUAAAUGCCCUUUGUUCCUUUCUUGGAAGGUGAAUUUAGAAACACACUCAUUGUUGCAAAAUAGAAAUAUAUUUUGCACGAUAAGUAAAUAUUGAAUUUUAUGCCCUCUUAAUGCCUUAAUAGAACCCUGGUGGCCCGGUAGUUAAAUAUUCAGCUGCUAACCAAGAGGUCAGCAGUUCAAAUUCACCAGCUGCUCCUUGGAAAUCCUAUGGGACAGUUUUACUCUAUCCUAUAGAGUCACUAUGAGUCACAAUCAACUUGAUGGCAGUGGGUCUGGUUAUGGUUUUGGUAAUGUGCCUAAUAUCUCUUUUAUUAGCAUGCAUUGAGUAAUAUCAAGCACUAUGUCCAUGCAACACACACACACAAAAACUUGAUAAAUAAUUUAAAACUUUUUGUGUUAGAUAAAUAUUAAUAUUUCCAGUAUUUUUUGGACAUUUGCUAUGUAUUAAAUUAUUACCCAUGUUAGUUUUAUAUUAAAUGUAUUCUAGAUUACAUCUGUGUAUGACAAACAUAUUUUAAAGUUAAAGUUAUAAAUAUUAUUUACAAAACUUAGGACAUAACUCUGUACGUAAAUGCUAUAGUUAAAAAGUAACUUAAUUGAAUUCAUUGCAGUGGUCACCUUAUUUAAGUUCCUUGCUUUUGUUCAUCAUCUGGGCCUGGAGUUCCCAUUGGAUGUUUACCACAACGUGCACAAAAGCAUACUCUUUUAUUUGUAUAAUGACAAAGAACAUUGGUGAUGCUCCUGGCUGGAGCUGCUGGAUUAGCAGACAUGGAUGUACAAGAUGGUUCUCUAAAAAUGGAUUAUAUCUAUUAAUACAAUCUGUCCUUACCCAUGUUGGAUCCACUCGCAUAUUGGGUGAAUGUAGCAAGAGUUAGACUUGACAUUCCACCCCCACCUCGUUUAUUAAAAAGAAAUCGUAUACUCCCAAGAGACCUGCUGAGAUGAGGAGUUUCAAUUACACGGGAGGGGAUCGUAGGAGACAGAUGUCAACAAAGGCGUUGUAGUGGUAGGGGCCUCAUAGCUUAACCAACUUUGUGCACGGGCACCCUCGUGAACUUUAUUUCCGGCCAGCACGUUCUCACAUACUGGAGCUGGUAUCAACUUUAUUUAGUUCCCUCACAGUUCCCGUCUACUACGGUGCUCACUUUUCCUUGUGUCCGGUCUGCUUGACAUUUAUGAGUCUUUGCUUUGGACAACUGGUGUCCCUGUUUUGUUGAUGCUGUAAGCACAUGAUUCCCUUGCUUAUUGGAUAAUCUGUCCAUGUUCGUAGGUUCCUGAGGUGGUGUUUUUUUCUUUAUCAGUCCAAUUUCUCUCUAUUGUUCAGGGUAGAUAAUUUCUAGUUUAUCUUCAUGUUCACUGAUUUUUUCCUCUCUUAUCUCCAUUCGUCUCUUGAGUCCAUCCAGUGAUUUUUUUUUUUUUUUGGUGGAGAGAGAGGCUUACUUAUUCUUCAGUUCUAAGAUUUCCAUUUUUUAAUUCUUUAUACUGUCCAUUUCUUCUCAUUUUCUUCUUUUCUUUUCAUUUAUUUCAAGAAUGCUUAUAAUUGCCUGUUGAAGCAUUUUUAUAAUGCCUGUUUUAAAAUCCUUGUCAGAUAAUUCCAAUACCACCGUGGUCUCAGUGUUGGCAUCUGUUGCUAUCAUUUCUUGUUCAAGUUGAAAUUUUCCUGGUUCUUGUAUGCAAGCUGUAACCUGGACAUCUUGGGUAUAUGAGACCCUGGAUCUCAUUAAAACCUCUGUUGUAGCAGAUCUCUGCUGAAACUGGGCCAGUGAGAAAGGAGGGCACCAACUCUUUACUGCUGGGUGGGUAUGAAAACCCAGGCUCCCCACAUGGCCUCCACUGUCCCCACAGAGGUGAGAUGGGAGGGAUACCUUGUUUCUACUGUGCAGUGGUGAAAAUCCAGGCUCCCCACUUGACCUCUUCUGACUUCACCUUGUAGGGGAGAUGGGAAUUGCCUCAUUUCUGCUGGGCAGGGUUGAAAUUGUAGGUUCCCCACUUGACCUUCUUUAUGUUGUGGUGAGUGGAAGAGUGCCUCAUUACUGCUAGAUGGGAGUAGAAGUCCAAGCUCCCCACCUGGUGUCCAUUGACACCAUGGAGGUGGUGGGGAGGGGCACUUUGUUACUGUUGGGUGGUGAGGAAAGCCCCAACCCCCCAUUCAACCUCCUGUGACACCACCGUGAUGGUGAUGGGUAAGGGAUGCCUGGUUACCUCCAGGCAAAGGUUGAAGUCUAGGUUUUCCCUUUACUGAUGGAGCUUGAGGGUGUGGCUUUUUCUUUAGUAUUUUGCUGGAGUAGGGUGUUUCAUGUAAAAAAAGGUUUCUGUCUGACUAGGGUGCCCCUUUUCCAGUCCUUUAGCAAGAGAGAGCAGGCUUUUAAUGGGGGGGGGGUUGUCUGCAUCUGUUUAGCCUUUUUAGGUUGCACACUUCUCCAACACACUAGCAUAAAAAUAAAAAAAAAAAAAAACCAAGGACUCACUGCUGAAUCAUUCCUUGAGUACUGUCCGCCUUCAGUCUUUUUCUGUUUGUUUUAUAUAUAAUGUCCAGCAUUUUAAGCUGUACUUACUGGGAGAUAUAGAGAGGAAUGAAUCUACUGCAUUUUGUCCAGAACUGGAAAUUCUCUUUUCAUUUUGUACUCUCUUUAUCCCUAUUAACCCAAGCUGGUGAUGUUUCUGGAUAUACAAUUUAGAAAACCUGUGGGUCUCUCUGAAUCGUAUUCAGGUCCACUUUACUAGACAAAAGUCAUACCCACAAAUUUCUUUGCAAUUAGCCCUUCUUUACCUUGGGCUUCUGCUGAGAUGGCUGAGGGACAACACCCUUAAGCUUUCUAGAAUCUCUGUUGUUUGAUUCAGAGGAUCUGUGAGGCAUGCCCAUAAUUUCUUUGUGGUGGUUGGUUGCCAUGGAGUCGAUUCCAACUCAUGGUGAUAAUUUCUUUAGAGGUCUUUUAUCUGACUGAAUAGUACUCUGAAGCAUGGCUUUAAAUCUCUGUGAGAUGUAACAAAAGAUUUCACAGUCACAUUCUGAGUUUCACUUUUGGACCAUGUUUUCCUGGCAGUGCCCUGGAUUUGAGAUUUGCUCAGAAGCCAUUUCUCCAUUUUAGCAUAAUUUGUCAUUUGGAGAAGCUGAGAAUUUUCUAAACAUGAAGGCCUAGCUCCUUCAUAUUUAACAGUCCUUCCUUUCAGGUCAGGGUUUCUCAACCCCAGCACUAUUGACAUUUUGGGCCAGAUAAUUCUUUGUGGUGGGGGUGCUGUUUUGUGAAUUGAAGAAUGUUUAGCAGCAUCCUUGGCCUCAACUUCUUAAAUGCCAGUAGCAACUUCCCUCGUUUUGACAGCCAAAAAUGUCUCCAGACAUUGCCAAAUGUCUUCUGGGAGGCAGUACCACUCUCACAUGAGAAACACUGCUUUAGUUUAUCAAUCUCCCCUUGCAUUUUACUAUAAACAGUAAGAAGGAACCAAGUGGCACCUUCUAGAUCCCAAUUCAUUAGGCACAUUUUCUACUUUCCACUUUAUUGCAGGUAAAUCUUGUGCUACAACGUAACAAGGAUCUCCCUUCCUCCAGUUUCCAAUAACGUUUACGUCACUUUCCUGUGUACUUUCACACACUCAACCUUACCAAAGUCCGUAAGGCUCCUAUUAACAACUUUGAAGCACUUUAGGCUUUCAUCACACUCUUCUCAAAUCCUAACGUCCAGUUCUAAAACCACUCUCAUGUUGUAGAGCACUCUACCCCAGUACUAAAAUCUAUAUGUUAUCUAUUGCUGCAUAACAAAUUCCCACAAAAUUUGGCAGCUUAAAACAAGAAACAUUUAUCAUUUCAAAGUUUUUAAGCCUGAGGGAUUCAGGAGUGGCUUAGCUGAGUGGUUCUUGCUCGGAGUCUCUCACGAGGUUGCAGUUAAGCUGUUGGCGUCAUUUCAAGGCUUGACUAAACCCAAACCAAACCAAACCUGUAACUGUUGAGUCAAUUCCAACUCAUAGCAACCCUAUAGGACAAAGUAGAACUGCCCUAUAGGCUUUCCAAGGCUGUAAUCUUUACGGAAUAAGACUGCUGUGGUCUUUCUCCUGUAGAGCAGCUGGUGGGUUCGAACCGCUAACCUUUUGGUUAACAGCUGAGUGCUUAACCACUGCACCACCAUGGCUCCUUAAGUCUUGACUAGAACUGUUGAAUCUGCUUCCUUGUUUACUCAUGUGGUUGCUAAGCAGGCCUCAGUUCCUCACUGGCUGUUGGCUGGAAGCUUUGGUUUCUAUUUGGGCCUCUUUGUAGGGCUAUUCACAGCAUGGCAGCUUGCUCUCCUCAGAGUGAGUAAUCUGAGGAAGAGAGAGUAUGCACCCAAGAUGGAGGCUGUAGCCAUUUUUUAACCUAAUGUUGGAAGUGACAUAUUAUCAUUUCUGCCAUAUCCUAUUGGUCACAUAAAGUAACCUUGAUAUGAUGUAGAAGGGGUGACUAAAAGAGAACAUUGGGAACCCUCUUGGUGGCCAGCUGCUGCAUUUCACUUUUAUUCAUCUUUCUAAUUUCCUUUUGGACUUCCUUUUUCAAGUGUUGUAUUUAGUUUUCAAGAUAUCUUUCUGUUAUUGACUCCUAGUUUAAUUUCGUUACCUUUGUAAAACAUUUUGUAUAAUUUCAGUUCUUCUGAAUUUGUGUUAUCUUUGAAAUACACCAGGAUGUGGUGUAUCUUAGUGAAUGUUUCAUGUGCAGUUGAAAAGAAUGUGUAUUCUGCUAUUAUUGGGCAGAGUGUUACAGAAAUGUCUCUUAGGAUAAGUUAGUUUGGUAGUUUUGUUCAGGUUUUCUGUAUCUUUACUUUCUUUUCAGUCUUCCUGAUUUACUGAUUACUGAGAGAAGUGUUGAAUUCUCCACGUAUAAUAUAGAUUAUUCUAGUUCUUCUAAUUAAUAAUUAUUAUUGUUAAUAAUAAUUAUUAUUAUCAGUUUCUUUAACUUUUUAUUUUGAAAUAAUUUCAGACUUAUACAACAGUUGAAAAUAGUAUGGAGAAUGUGCACAAAUAAUUUAACCAGUUUUACCAAUUUUUAAAGGAGCCCUGGUGAUGCAAAUAAGUGCUCAGCUACUAACCAAAAGUUGGGCAGUUUGAACCCACCCAGUGGCUUCACGAGCCCUGGUGGCGUGGUGGUUAAGCAUUUGGCUGCUAACCAAAAAGUCAAAAGUUCAAAUCCACCAACUGCUCCUUGGAAGCCCCAUAGGGCAGUUCUACUCUGUCCUACAGGGUCACUAUGAGUCAAAAUUGACUUGACGACAAUGGGUUUGGUUUGAUUAGUAGCUUCAUAGGAGACAGACCUCACGAGGUGCUUCUGUAAAGACUACAGCCAAGAAAACUCUAUGGGUUCUGCCCUGUCACAUGGGGUCGCUGUGAGUUGAAAACAACCCAAUGGAACCCAACAACAGCCAAUUGUUAACAUUUCGCCACAGUUACUUUAUCAUUCUCAUAGUCGCACUCUCUCACUCUUGGUUUUUACUUCAUGUAUUUUGAAAUUCUGUUAUUAGAUGAGUACACAUUAAUGAUUAUUAUGUCUUCUUGGUGAAUUAAACCUUUUAUCAUUAUGUAAUAUCCCUCUUCAUCCCUGGUAAUAUUCCUUGUUCAGCAGUGUACUUUGUCUGAUACUAACAUUGCCACUCCAGUGUUCUUUGAUUAGUGUUUGAAUGGUAUAUCUUAUUCCAUCCUUUUACUUUUAACAUAGUUCUUUAUAUUUAAAGUGAAUUUCUUAUAAACAGCAUAUUUUUUUUGUCUUUCUUUCCUCCUACCCCCAAUCUGUCACUUUCUUUUAAUUGGCUGUCUUUUUAUUGAUACCGUUGUAUUAAAAUCUCUCAACUUGGCAGUUGUUUUCUAUUUUUCCAUCUGUGCUUUGUUUAUUCCUCUUUUAAUUCCUUACAUUGGAUAUUAUAGAGAAAGGCAAGGAGUAACCUGUUACCACUCCAUAGGCAUCAAAAGUAGACAAGAUUUAUUUAGGCAGAGCAGGAGAAUUUAUUACUUACAGCGCAACAAAGAACAUGAGCAUCAGUGUAGUUGUGUUGGUUCCCCGGCCCUGAGUCCAACAGGCAAUGCACUGGGCCCAGAUGCAUAACACACAGUGGUGUUGCAUUGUAGCCAGGGAACCCAGGCCCAGCACUUUUUAUAGCAAACUGUAAGUAAGCACAUCUUUGUUUGGAGAAAGACAUUACCUCAUCUCUCAAAAUUGCCAGCUGUAUUAACAGCCCUGAGCAAGGGCCCAGUAGCAAAAGAGGUCAAGACCUUACAAUCCUGCCAUACUCAGUAAAAUGUCUGAAACACAAGAGACCAGUGAGGACACCUCCCAACACUUUUUUUUUUUUUUAUCUCCACUAUUGGUUUCUGUUUAUAUCUUAAAAAAAUUUUUUUUAGUAUGUUUAUAUGCAUGUGUUUUUGUGUAUUGAUACAUAAUCAUUUUGGGAUUCUGCAAGUUUUUUGGUUUGAUAUCUGCAAUUAUUUUUGGAAAAUUAUUGGCUAUAGUCUCUAGAUUUUAUUUGCCUCAUUCUCUCAAUCUCCUCUCCAACUCUUGGAUGUUCUGUUCUUUCCUUCUUUUUGCUUUGUUUUGUUUCACUAUUUUUCCCCUUUCUGCUUCAGCUUGGCCAGUCUAUAUUAACCUUUUUUUUUGUUUCCAAUUUUUUUUUAAAUUGAACUUCAGAUGAAGGUUUACAGAACCAACUAGUUUCUCAUCAAACAGUUAAUACACAUAUUGUUGUAUGACAUUGGUUAACAACUCCACGACAUGUCAACACUCUCCCUUCUCAACCCUGGGCUCCCUAUUACCAGCUUUCCUGUUCCCUCCUACCUUCCAGUCCCUGCUGCAGAAACUGGUGCACCAGUUUAGUCUUGUUCUGUCCCAUGGGCCUGUUCAGUCUUUGGCUGAAGAGUGAACCUAGGGAUGGCCUCAUUACUGAGCUGAAAGGGUGUACGAGGGCCAUGCUCUCAGGGUUUCUUCAGUCUUUGUCAGACCAGCAAGUCUGGUCUUUCUUUUUGAGUUGGAAUUUUGUUCUACAUUUUCCUCCAGCUCUGUCUGGGACCCUCUAUUGUGAUCCCUGUCAGAGCAGUCAGUGGUGGUAGCCGGGCACCAUCCCGUUGUUCUGGACCCAGUCUGGUGGAGGCCGUGGUAGAUAUGGUGCAUUAGUCCUUUGGACUAAUCUUUCCCUUGUGUCUUUAGUUUUCUUCAUUAUUCCUUGCCCCUGAAGGGCUGAGACCAGUGCAGUGUCCUAGAUGGCUGCUCACAGGCUUUUAAGACCCCAGAUGCUACUCACUGAAGUAGAUGUAGAACAUUUUCUUUAUAAACUCUGUUAUGACAAUUGAGGUAAAUGUUCCCUGAGACCAUGGUCACCACAGCCCUCAGCCCAGCAAUUUGGUCCCUCAGGGAGUUUGGUUGUGUCUAUGGAGUUACCAUGGCCUUGCCUUGUACAGGUUGUGCUGGCUUCCCCAGAAUUGUAUACUGUCUUACCCUUUGCCAAAGUUACCGCUUGGUAAUAUAAGUUAUAUUCACCUAUUUUUAAAUGCACAAAUUCUUUCUCAGCUGUAUCUCUGUUAAGUUUUUUUUAUUUCCAGUAUUUCCAUAUGACUCUUUUCUCAAAGCCUCCAUGUCUUUGCUGAAAUUUCCCUUCUGUUCAUGCAUGUUGUCCACCUUUCCACCAGAGCUUCUAACAUAUUUUAAAUUGCCUGUCAGAUAAUUCCAACAUCUGAGUCAUUUUUUGUGUGGUCCUGUUAAUUCCUUUGUUUCUUGACAGUAGUUUUUUUUUUUUUUUUAAAUAGAAUUGCUUUAUUGCGAUGUGUCUUGUAGUUUUUUAUUGAUUUCUGGACACAGUGAGUAGAACAGUAGGGACUGAGGUCAAUAUUAUUUAUGCCUGGAAUUGGUGCUCCUCUUCUUUUGCUAGGUCAUUAGUAUGGGGAGUUGAGUCAAUCUUGCCAGGAGUUGCACUAAAUUUGGGCUUUGUUGUUUCUAUGGUUACUUUCAGUGUUUGCAGCUCCCAGGGAUUCCAUACUCUCACCCCAGUUAUACUGGGCCUUUAGCAGUUCAAUCCAUAUUUUAGCUGAAUUCUUCUUACCCACUUGCAUGGAGACCUCAUCUUCCUCCUGCUCCACAAGUGAACCAGUGCCUGCGGGUAUCCUAUCUCUCCUUGAAGGCUCCUGUCCUUCCUUGGAAUUCCGGUUAAUUGGUUGCCCUACAACCUCAGCUCUCUGAAGCAUUCAACAAAAAGUAUUUUAUCGAUUACCUGAUUUGUUAGUAUGGGAAUGAUGCUCUUCCCAGCUUUCUACAUCCUACAUGGAAGCCAGAAGUUUCAAGCCAUCAACCUUUGCAAUGCUCCCUUUGACUCCUUUGGCUGUCCCUUCGGAGGUCCAGCUCCCUGGAUCUUUCUCUUUGCUGACACUCUUCCAGCAUAGCCCCUAAAUCUUUACAGCUUGGGAUGCUUUUUUUUCCUCUGCACUCCUUCUUGCAACAACUGUCUGAGAAAGGACAGAGAUUUCUCAUCUGUCAACACCUUGGGAACAGCUCCAAGUGACCCAAAGUAAUCCUGUUCCCAGGGAUAAGCCUGCACUGCGGAUUUGGCCUCAGUCCUUUCUGCUAGGAAAUAACCCAAGUAUCUACUCCAACCAUUAGUGAGGAAUUAAACUGACAGUAGCAUUUCUUGGGAGAUGAAAACUGCAACAGGAUAAAAGGAGAACAGGCUGGGAGUAGUGGUAACAAGCACAGUCUCUAGAAGCAUCCAGCUCUACCACUUACUAGCUGUAUAACCAUGGGAAAGUUCCUUCACCUCUCUGUAUCUCAGUUUCUGUAUCCGUAAAAAGGAAAUAAUAGUGCUCACCUCACAGGAUUGUUUAGAGGGUUAGAAGGGUUAAUAUAUGUAAACUACUUAUAAAGUGGUUGGUACAUAAGCUCUGUAGAAGUGUUAACUAUUAGGGCUUCCUAUAAUUUCAGAAAUUAGUGGAACAGAGUAGUUUUUUCCCUUUCUGAGAACCAAUUACAAUCAAAACAGCUAAUGUUUAUAGAACAUCUUCAAGGUGCCCAAGUCCUGUAUUAGGGGCUUUAUCUGAAUUAUCUCAUAAGAGGUAAACCAAAAACACAUAAGAGGUAGGGAUUAAUUAUUCCUAUUUAAUAGUUUUUUUUAUAAUAGACAUGGAAAUCAAGGAUCAGAGAAGUAAAUGUUUACACAGGUGGCUAGAGGCGGUGCUGGGUCUAAAAUCCGAGAGGGUCUGAUUACAAUGCUUGUGCUUUUAACCACCACAGUUAUUGCCUCCCACAAACUAGUUUCCAUGCUUGUAAAUUAGUGAGAAAGCUGCUUGCUGUAUUUAUUUCACAGGGUUCUUUGGAGAUCCCAGUAAUAAACUAAUUAGAAUAGAGGCAGUGCUUUAGUUGUGUGCACAGAUUGCUGUCCCCUGACAGGGAUACCUGACUGUGUCAUGACUAUUCACACCUCCAUCCUUUGCACAAGCUCUGUGCGGCACCCCCCGCCUGUUCAGCUCAUUUCUUCAAGGCUGAGCGCAGCUCUGACGGCCUGGAUUUUAUUUUGACAAUGGAGGAAUUUGUGCAGGGGGUGACACAUCAGAACAUCAGACUUGCAUUUUGAAAUGACGACUGACUGCUGUGUGGAAAUGUAGUGUAGCCGGGCCAGAGUGACUACAGAAGCCCAGAUAGAAGGCUAAUGUAGGACCCUAAGCGAGAGAGGGCGGUGGGGAUGGAGAGAAAUGGUGUAUUGGAAAGAUACAUAGAAAAGAGAACCGACAGGAAAUGGAGGUGUCUUUUAAUGUGGGCGGUGAAGGAGGGAGAGGUGCCAAGGAUGACUCCUAGGCAGUCUUGCUAGUGGAUGUUUGUUAAAUUACUGAGUGACCCCACUGCGGAGGCAUCUCAGGCCGACGCCCCAUACCCCCAGUGCGGAUUCCGGAUUGUCGAGCUCCUCCGAGCGCAAGGGGACGGGUGGAAGGGAGGAGGAAGACGAUGGGCACACUCUUAGCCCAGGAACUGCUAUAUUUGAACACUUCUGGCACUGAUCUCAGCCAGGAGGCACUGCAAACGGGGCAAACACUUCCCCCUGGGUCCUGCACCCCACCAGCCUGGAGGUGCAGCGCCCCGUUAGCCCCAUGGAGGAGUUGGCUCCUAGCCAGCGUCUGGGGGCGCAGCGCAGCGGCCCCCCCUCCAGGCCUGACCCGCCAGUCCAGGCGCCCACCCCGCCCAGUGCACUGGAAGGCUGGGCGGAGGCUCUGU